CUCUCUCUCUCUCUCUCUCCUCUCCUCUCCUCUCAGUCCGCACCGAGCGGAUCUCUUUGUUGUGGCUGCAGCAGCGGCAGCUUCUCUCUACGCACCCCGUCUCCUGACACACACAGCCCGGGAGACUCGCUCUCAGCGCGGAGGGGAAAGGAUCCCUUACAUGGUGCAACACCCGACAGAUAUAGCCUCUACCCUGCGUUGGAUACGGCGCGGAGCCUCGGUGCGGAGGACGGACGGAGGGACGCAUGCACGGCGGGGAUGCUGCCGCUGCUUCCUCGCUGUACGAACCGGAGCGCCUGCCCGGCUUCCUAAAAAAAAAAACGCGGAAUAUCUCUCCGCACAUUCCUCCAUCUUCAGCUCUUUUCUCCCCCGUUUAAGUGCUCUCUUUACCCCCCGGGACACAGCGUGAGGCAGCCGGGGUGUUUUCUGCUUUUUCUGCUGCUUCCCAAAGGGAUUUAAACUGAGUGAAACCUGCACAGAGAGAGAGAGAGAGAGAGAAGCGAGUUGUGUCUGAAAUUUAGGCACGGAGCAUCAUCAUGUUCAUCAUGGUGUCAAGCGCUGGGAGGAGGAGGGGUCCCGAGCGGUACCUGGUGUCCGCCUGUCUGCUCUCUGUGCUGCUCUACCUGCCCGAGGCUCGGGCUACUUACCCCUCCCACAGCGGAGAGUGCAAAGGCAAAGGGAAGGACUGCGCAGACCUGUCGGAGAAGAAGAGCGACCUGAGGGUUUGUGAUGACUCCAGCUGUCGAUUCGGAGGCGUCUGCAGAGACGACGGCGCUCAGCUCAAAUGUGUCUGCCAGUUCCAGUGUCACAAAAACUACAUCCCUGUGUGCGGCUCCAACGGGGACACCUACCAGAACGAGUGCUACCGGCGCCAGGCGUCCUGCAAACAGCAGCGCCUCAUCUCCCGGGCGUCGGACGGGCCCUGCUCCGCCGAUCCGGGUUCUGGUUCAGGAGACGGAGACGAUGAUGAGGGUUCAGCCGCCGACGUCGGGAAGAAGUUCACCAAGUGCAGCACGUGUAAAUACGGAGCCGAGUGUGACGAAGACUCGGAGGACGUCUGGUGCAUAUGUAACAUCGACUGCAGCGGGCACAAUGAGAACCCGGUGUGCGCCACCGACGGGAACUCCUACAACAACCCGUGUCUGGUCCGAGAGGCGUCGUGUAUGAAGCAAGAGCAGAUCGACGUCAAACACCUGGGCAGGUGCCCCGCUGAUAAAGAGAAAGUGGGGAAGAAAGACGACAGCAGUCCGUUCAAAGUCUUAGAAACAACCGGUCUGGACCACGGCGAUGGCUUCUACGCCGGGAUGCCGAUCCCCUGCGCCGACAGCUACGCCGGCUUCUGUGUUCACGGGAAGUGUGAGAUCAAGUACAACGUGGCCACCUGCAGGUGUGACGCCGGCUACAAAGGCGCUCAGUGUGACGAGCCUCUGGACUUCAACAUCCUCUACGUGGUUCCCAGCGGACAGAAGCUUCACUACGUCCUCAUCGCCGCCAUCAUCGGCGCCGUGCAGAUCGCCAUCAUCGUCGCCGUGGUGAUGUGCAUCACAAGGAAAUGUCCGAAAAACAACAGGGGUCGCCGGCAAAAACAAAACCUCGGACACUUUUCCUCGGACACUAACUCCCGGAUGGUAUAGCCGUGUUGGUCUGGGUUCUUUUUUUAAAAAGUCUUUUCUUACGGCGUGGGAAUACCAUUUUUUUUUAAACGGCAGAUGUGUGGCAUACAUUUUUUCUCUCUCCUGGGAAACGAUAAGAAAAAUAAGAAUAUUUAUUUAAGGGGCCUUAUUUUCCCUCCUUUUUUUGUUGUUGGAUGGAAUUUUGGUUUAGUUUUUUUGCCGCAAGUCCAAGGAGCCAAAUCGUCAAAACCCACUGUCACUUUACAUCGUUAACAUGUCCGCAGUGUUAAUUACUUUAAACUGCUUCAUUAGAGGUUUUGUUGAAUGCUUUAUGAAUACGCUACCUUUGGUAAACUGGCUAACAAAGUGACGUCUGCCCCUCUGGAAUGUGCUUAUUUAUUGAAAACGAAUAUUUCUAAGCCGGUCUUUUGUUUUACAAAUAAUGUGCAGCUGAUCACCAAAUGCAGUUUGUCUUUACGUAGGAGGUGAGUCAGGGCCAGCCAGUGAUAUAGAUAUGUUUACACUUAUUCUUUGUUAUGUAAAGACGUCACUGUGUUCCAAACAA